AUGGCAGUGAAUGAAGAUGUCUUGAAUGAAGUUAGCACAAAUACGCCCAUAAAAAAGCCAGGCGCACAUGUGAAUUGCUUUGAUUCUAUGAUUGUGAAGGAGGGAUGCGGUGAUGGCAUUCGUACGGCAGAGAAUAUAAAAAUAACGAAUCACAAACUAUCAAGGCACCAGAAAUCAAGCGCUAGCUGUUCAGAUAACAUAAAAGAUCUUCAACUUAUUGUGGUGGAGUUUCUAAAGAAUCCCAUUGUCGACAAGAUGAAUGAAGUACAGGACGUGUUCCUCAGACUAUACCAGGUGUUCAAAAAAAACCACCAAAUACAGAAUAUAAAAGAUCUAACAAAGCGGCAUCUCCUGGCUAUUAUCAAGGCUCUCGAAUUAGGAUAUUUGAAGUUUGCAGAACAAGCAAUAAUCGAUCUAUAUAAUAACACAAAUGCCACCAAACUCAAGGCCUUUAACGAGGUAUUACUAACCGAUUAUUCUAUGAGUAACAGUUACUAUCUUUCUACAAUUAAAAUAAUUGCGUUACAGAUCAUCAUUAAAUCUCAAACCACACACCUUUAUGAUGAAAUUUUAGUGGAAAUGUUCGCGAUGGACCACCGCUACCUUCUCAAAGAUAAGAGAGCAAAAAUAAAACCUUUGGUCAAACUACUGCUGAAUUUUUUUACACUUCUUCCAAACUACAAAGUUCUUUUAGGAAUGAAAUUUCUUCAGUACAUUCCGCAAUUUAAUCUCAAAUUUAACGAUUUUAUUAGGAACACUGACCCACACAGAUUUCAAUCACAAUUAGUUUACUGGGCGAAAACUACUAGAAUGCAUAUCAUAGAGUACAUCAAUCCUUAUUACGCCCAAUACCGUCUUUAUUAUACCUCCUCUGGAACAAUAACACCAGAGAAAAUUAUGGGAGAAGCUUUCCCUAGGCGAAUAGAACAAUUGCAUGAAGUAUAUUCAGAGGGAACUCUUGAACAGCUGAAUUUUGUCUUGAAAGAGCUGCAUACGAUAUCAUACGAGGAGGAUAACCAAUUCGUUGGCUUACUGAAUAGCAAGAAGAUCAAAUCAGUAUCUGACGCCCAUAAGAAAUAUGUCUCACUUAUUUUGCAUUAUGCAACUUAUUUGGAGCGGGAAGUCAUUCUUCCUUCGGAUACAUCCUUGAAAGCAUUUGACAGAAUUACGAUAUUCAUUAACACAAGUUUGGAUUCCAUCUCGGUGAGUGAUACUGAUCUUCUUUUGAAGCGCUUAGCAAAUUUUUGCUUGAAUAAUGCAGACUUCAAAAGAUUACAGAAUAUUACUAACCUUGCAUUCAACUCAUUUGUUACCCAUCGUGAUGAUUCCUUUCUUUUAUUCGCCGCAAAUCUGGAGCAUGUACGACUAUCAUGUACCAAAGAAACCAAUUUAGAUUUUGCUAAAGUUCGAAGAUUCAUUACAGACUCUACUGAUAGCAUCGCAUUAUCUAUAUUUGAGAUCUUUUUCAACAUAUAUUUCACUUUUGACGUUACAUCUUUUUCGGAGCUGACAACAUUAAUUCAGGAAAAGCUGGGCCCGUGCUUCAAAAAUCUAAAUGCUAAAAAUUAUAUGUGUUUCAAGGAAUGCUCUGACCUCAUGAUCUGUUUAUUAUAUGGGACGACAAGCAUAUGCGAUGUUCCCAUUCAGGAAUGGAGCCCACUUACGAGGAUGCUGUUCACAUUUUUAGGCAAUCGCCCACUGAUUGAUUCAGCGUGCAAUGUAGCGAUAGAGUCCUCUGAUCCUCUUUUCGAAUAUGAGGCUUUGAUCAGAACGGCUUUCUAUCUCAGCAUUGAAAUGAAAAACCAUAGCUGUAAGAAUCUGGCAAAAAUUACAGAUAUUCUAAUAUUUAAAUGGAUUAAAAAUAUACCGAAAAAGGAGGAAAAGAUUUCAAGAAUUGAGGGUAAGAUUGUGAGGUCUUUAUUUCAGUACUUAAAAUUCAACAAGUUCUACAAAAAGAUGAUACAACUAGCAAAAAGUAUACAGAGUUGCCCCACACCAUAUUUCAAGUCGUUAUGCCUUCUUAUUAGGUGCCGAGAGCUGGAUGCAUACGCUGGAUUGAAAAUGAUCACUUCAUUCACAGCAAUUUAUCCCGAUGUUCUUAAUGAAUUCGAAGCAUUGAUCGAAACAGGUUCAUCUUGGAGGCUUGACGAGCUUUUCGAAUACUUGUCCAUCAAAUUAUUGACUAUUGAAUGGGAAGAAGAUCAUUUGACGUUUAAUGACCUUUUCAUCUCGAAACUUCCGAAAAUAAAGCCUGAAAUUUUUGAUAUUAAGAACAAUUCAAAUAAACCCGUGUUUCUUUACCUAAGAACCCUGGCUUUUAACAUACAAUUAUUGAAAACUUCGUCCACUCUUCAGCUUUACAAAAAUAACAUGAAAGAGGCAUUAAUAGAAGCGAAGAAGUCAUUAAAGCUUUGCCAGUCUGUUUUUAAAAGACAAGGAACAUUCAGCAACGAAAUACGUUUAGAACUGUCAUCUUUUCUUAAUGACCUGUUCUUAAAAGUAAUAGGGAUUUACAUGCGCGUAGGGGUGUCAAAGGAUUGUGAAUUUUACAUGAGUGAGUAUCUUCGUGUUUUGAGUACGAUAAAGGACCCUGUUAUAAUGUUUGACAGUUUUGUUUUUGCAUCAUACUACUAUAAGUACACUGCGCAACUAGAACUUUCCAGAGUCGCACUUUUGAAGGCUAAUAACAUCUUCGACCGCUUGGACGGAAGCGAGAAUAUUGACGCACUCACGAAAUUUCUAUUCGCAAAUAAUGAAUUCGAGAGCUUGGAGAACUCGCUUAAGCUCUUCUUCAGUGGUGAGUACGAGAGCGCAUUAUUUUCAGAGUACUGGAAGUUAAAGUUAGGUCAAGUAAUAUCAAACACACAUAACAUUUCCACCUUCGAAAGUAUGAAUGGUGUUAACAAAGGUCAGGUUUUAUUUUCGAAGGUUGUGGAGCAGAUGGAGAUUGAUCCUUUUUUCAGGAAUCUUAAAGAGUCUGUAACCGCUAUUCCGUCAUGCAUGUAUCCAAACACAUUGCCAGAAUCUCAAGAACCAAAUUCUGUCAUUGUCACCCCCGCUAAGAAACGUAUUCAUGCAUUCAACCACGUAAACUCACCUAGGCCGUCAUCACUUACACCUAGAAGUAAGCAUUUGAAGCAACGGUUUGAUAAAGCUAAUGCUAAUAACAAUCUCACUUUGAUAAAAAAAUUAGUUGAAGGAUUUCAAUUGGAUAGCAUGGAAAAUUACGAAAUCAUGAAGGCUUCUAAUCUUUACUCCCUAGCGGUUUCGAUGCUGUCUAGUAUGGACCUUAGAGGUAUAGAAGCAAGAACUCUACACGAAAUGCUUGCACUAAGCGAAAUUCCUAAAUGCAUACCUUUGCAUUAUGAUAAGCUCUUUAAUAAUCUUGGUGGCGAGAUUUAUGAUUCUUUUACACCGAAAAAAGUGGAGUUUCAGGGUACCAUUGUCAAUGAAUUUAAAAACUCAUUGGUCGAAAUGCAAUUAAGUUUACAAGAAUGGUCUAACGAGAGAUUCAACGUGAUAGCCAUCGAUAUUUGUGAUAUAACAGGUGACUUGUUAUUGUCAAAAAUGGAAUCAGCUACGAACAAGCACGUUAGUUUGAGGCUACCGCUGAACAGACAGAGUUCUCGAGACAUAGAUGAGGACUCACUUACAUUUAAGGACGCGCUUCAGGAGCUCAACAUGAUUAUAAAGGAAAGUAACCAUAGCACCUCUUCUGAGGUGACGACGUCUAUAAAAUCCAAGGACCAACGGAAGCAGUGGUGGAAAACUCGAUAUGACCUGGAUAAGCGUAUGAGUGAUCUCAUGCGGAAAAUAGAAGAAUCAUGGUUUAGCGGGUUUAAAAGUUUUUUCAAUCAUCAAAUAAUUCCAAGUGAUGUGAUGCAAAAAUUUAAAGGUAGGUUUCAAGAGGUACUUCAGCAAAAUUUGCCUACAAGGAAACAAUUUGGUAAUCCCUCAAUGUUUUUGCAAGUCGAUGACUUUAUCCUAGAGUUGUUUUUGAAGUUAAGCCCAAGUGAUCCUUGUUUUGUAGAGAUGAUGGAAGAUCUGAUUUUUUUUGUUUUUGACAUAUUAUUAUUUCAUGGAGAAGAAAAUGCUUAUGACGAAAUUGACACGAGUUUGAUUCAUGUUCAGAUUGAAGAAUUGAUAAAUGACUAUAGGAAUGAACACAGCUCUCCCCAAAUAGUAACACAUACAUUUUUGAUAGUUUCAAGUUGCGCUCACAUAAUUCCUUGGGAAAGUAUAGGUUUUAUGCGGGAAAUAUCCAUCACGCGUAUCCCAUGCCUUUCAUCAUUGAGGGAAAUGAUACAAAAUUCUCAGGGAGCUAUAGCGCCAGAUGUUAAACUGAACAGAAACCUGUCAAUGAUUCUUAAUCCUCAAGGCGAUCUUCUUCGGACUGAGGACAACUUCAGAGAUAAAUUUGAGACAUGGGCAGAAUGCAUUCCGGGUUCAAAUUUGAUUGUCGGUAAGAAGCCGACUGAGAAUACUUUCAUGGAAAUGCUAAGAGACUCUUCUGCUUUUAUUUACAUCGGCCACGGAGGUGGAGAGCAGUACGCAAGAAUGAAGGAAAUUAAAAAGUGUAGAAGUAUUGCUCCUAGUUUUCUACUUGGAUGUUCCUCUGCAUACAUGAGAAAUUAUGGUCACCUUGAACCAUCAGGCGUUGUGUAUGCUUAUUUGAUGGGAGGCUGUCAAAUGGUAGUCGGAAAUCUGUGGGACGUAACUGACAAAGAUAUUGAUAAAUUCAGUUCCGCUAUGUUCUCACAUCUUGCAUUCGUGGAAAAUGGUAAAAGACCUAAACGUAUAUCGGAGGCUGUAAAUCUAUCACGAGAUGCAUGUCAUUUGAAAUAUCUCAAUGGCGCCGCACCCGUUGUGUAUGGUCUACCUCUCACUUUUAGUAGUUGA